AUGCGCUCGACGCGUCAAAGAUGCGCGACGCGCGUCGUGAAAUCGUCGCGAGACGACGACGGGCGACCGACCAAGGCGGCGGAGGCGUUGGCGGAGAAGUUCACCACGGGUGGCGGCGGCGCGGAUGGAUUCUGUGACUACGAUGACAUCAAAGAGGCGAUCAAGGAGUGCGAAGGAUUGGAGGGCGCGCGAUUGGAGGCGUGUUACGCCGAGUACGGCUGUAACGUCGGCGCGAUCACGGAUCACUACGCGAAAGCGGCUGGGAUCGAAGAUCAAGAGAAGACGAAGAAGUAG